UUUCCAGCGUAACUGUAACUCCAGGCCCACAAUGGAUGCCCUACAACUGGCAAAUUCGGCUUUUGCUGUUGACCUGUUCAAGCAGCUGUGUGAAAAGGAGCCAGUGGGUAAUGUCCUCUUCUCUCCAAUCUGCCUCUCCACCUCUCUGUCGCUUGCUCAAGUAGGUGCCAAGGGUGACACAGCCAAUGAAAUUGGACAGGUCUUUCAUUUUGAAAAUGUCAAAGAUGUGCCUUUUGGAUUUCAAACAGUAACAUCAGAUGUAAACAAACUUAGCUCCUUUUACUCUUUGAAACUUAUCAAGCGGCUCUACAUAGACAAAUCUCUGAAUCCUUCUAUGGAGUUUGUUAGCUCUACGAAAAGACCCUAUGCAAAAGAAUUUGAAACCGUUGACUUCAAAGAUAAGUUUGAAGAAACGAAAGGUCAAAUCAACAACUCAAUUAAGGAGCUCACAGAUGGCCGCUUUGAGAAUAUUUUAGGUGACAACAGUGUAAAUGACCAGACCAAAAUCCUUGUGGUUAAUGCUGCCUACUUUGUUGGAAAGUGGAUGAAGAAAUUUCCUGAAUCAGAAACAAAAGAAUGCCCUUUCAGAGUCAACAAGACCGACACCAAACCAGUACAAAUGAUGAAUAUGGAGGCCACAUUCUGUAUGGGCAACAUUGAUGAUAUUAGUUGUAAGAUCAUAGAGCUUCCUUUCCAAAAUAAACAUCUCAGCAUGCUCAUUCUACUACCCAAGGAUGUGGAGGAUGAAUCGACGGGCUUGGAGAAGAUUGAAAAACAACUCAGCUCAGAGACGCUGUUGCAGUGGACCAAUCCCAGCACCAUGGCCAAUGCCAAAGUCAAACUCUCCAUUCCGAAAUUUAAGGUGGAAAAGGAUAUUGAUCCCAAGCCUAGUCUGGAAAACCUAGGGCUGAAAAAUAUCUUUAAUGAAACUACAUCUGAUUUCUCUGGAAUGUCAGAAACCAAGGGAGUGACCCUAUCAAAUGUCAUUCACAGAGUGUGCUUAGAAAUAACUGAAGAUGGUGGGGAUUCCAUAGAGGUGCCAGGGUCGCGAAUCCUGCAGCACAAGGAUGAAUUCAAUGCUGACCACCCCUUUAUUUACAUCAUCAGGCACAACAAAACUCGAAACAUCAUCUUCUUUGGCAAGUUCUGUUCUCCUUAAGAGGUGUAGCUCAUGGAAAGUCC